AUAUUUCUAAAAGACUCCACACAUGUACCGUAAACUCCAUCCUUUUGCUCUACAUGCAUGGAGUCAUUAUACUUGGUAUAUUCGUGUGGGAAGGUGGAAACAGACACACUCUCUUUGAAAGGAUUCUCUCGGUAGACAGGACUAUUUUCACUGGUUUAUAAAAGCGCUUCAUUUAAUCGCUUGCAAUCCCAUAUGAAUGCAUUGGACAUGCACACACAGUAAGUAAGACUUCAAAUCCGGAUUGGAUGCUGAGAUACAAAGUGAAGUAAGAUGGAGACUGUCAGCUUUCAGUGUAUGGGGCGAUGGUUAGUAGCCUUCCAAGUUUUACUACUGUUACAAAACUCAAGGUUUGGUGAGGCACAGAGCAACCCUGACAACAUCACCUUUGUGGUCGAGCCAUCGGACAAAGAGACUGAUGUGGGUGGGUUUAUCAUGCUGGAGUGUAUGGUCUCGCAGGUGAUGAAGGAGAAUUACCACCUGGUAUGGACUCUCAAUGACAAUCCAAUCUUAGAAGAUAACUUUCCCGUCAGUGAAGAUGUGAAUAAGAAUUUCCGAGGGGUGGCGUGUACCCCAGGGCCAAUAUUCUCAUCAGUCCGGUAGCAAAGGUGGACCAUGGUGCGCAUUUCUCCUGCAGACUCUACAACGGUUCUGUGCAAUCCGAUGGGGCGAGGCUGAUCACAGAAUCUAGGAGUGCAGUUCUGACAGUGAAGUACACACCACCAAGCAAGUACCCUCUCUGUAGCGUUGGUCCACAGGAAAAGAAUGGUAAGAUCACUGUGGUGCUUUCAUGUUGCACUGAGAUCUCAAGUGUGCGGAUGUCAUUAGCUUGGAUUGCACGGGGAGAGAAUGCCAGCUGGAGGUUCACGCAGCAAUCUAAAACCGGUUAUGAAACCGGUCAGAACUGCCUUGACCAUGACAUUCACACAGGAUUUAACUUUAGCUUGUAUCAAUGCCAAAUGAAUGAAGCUUCUGGUGAAAGAACAGAAUUUGAAUCAAACCCGUGUUCCAUUUCAAGAUUGAAAUCUCUUCACAUCGAUCUCAAAACGUUGGACCACAGGAAUGCGCAGUUUAACUGCAGUGUGGACGUGCCUGGGAGAUACCGCUACUUAUGGCAUCUCAAAGACGAAGCCAAGUCAAAUGUCCAAGAAGUGAGUGGUGUGAAUGACAUCUCAACUCUGGAGCUUCGGCUGAGCAAAGUCAGCAAUGGCUCUUAUCUUACUUGCACAGUGUUUAAUAAGUCUGAGGAUUACAGCACGGUAUUAGAUAAGUCUGAUCAGUACAUCAUGGGAACAACCGACUUACAGAUUGUUCAUCAGGCUCCACCACCCGGCAGAGGCAAUCCAACCAUGUUGAUUAUCGGUAUCGUGAUAGGAGCAGUGGUCGGGACCCUCAUCUUUGGUCUCACCCUGUACUUCAUCAUGGUUAGAUGUGCACGACGCAACGAGAGAUCGUACGCAUCCCUUGGGCGCGCUUCAGAAGCAGGCAUGCAGAUUGGUCCAGGUAACACGUACAUCUACCACAAGAGCAAUGAGAAUGGCAACUCAAAUGGUACAGUGGUUACGACUGCUGAGGGUGGUACCAUUCAUUCUGAGGCAGAUGAAAUCCCUCCGAAGCCGGGUGGCCAUCGGACAAUCUCCUGGGAACCUGAAGACAUCGUCAUUCGCUCUAAUGGUGGAGUCAUCAGCCAUGCUGGUGACCCCAAGAGGCGCAACGUAGAGGGUUUGGUUUACGCUGAUCUUUCUUUCAAGGAGGGAGAGGAGGAGCAAGAUGCGCAAGGUGAAGAGGAUGAGGAGGCGAUGAAGGGGGCAGUAGGGGGUGAUACAAAUGGUUCUAAAGAAUCCAAACCAGGGACAACAACAAGGGAAAAUAUAGAGUAUGCCAGUAUUGUGCCUCCCCUUAGAUCCUUGAGAUUCUAGUCCUGGUGGCCUUUCAGAAAGAACAAUGAACUUCAUCAACAGGAAGUCUGUGAAUAAAGGAUAUGUGCAUUACAGGGACGUGACAUGUAAAGUUGCCAAAUGCUCACUCUGCAUUUUGGAUCCUCAUGAUAGGUGUAUUACAUUUAUACAGUAUUUCUUCUUCAAAUACGAGUAUGUAGAAUACUGUACUUCUC